AUGAAGUCGUGGGGUGCCGUACGUGCGGUCUGCCGUCCAACCAGGCUCAGCAACCCAGUCACAACCUCGCGCUUCCGCUCAACCCGCUCCAUCGCCACCGCGCCACGCCGAUUCACGCUCAACACGGGCGCAUCCAUCCCCGCCAUCGGCUUCGGCACGUUCCAGGACCCCGAGGCGCAGGAGGACGCCGUGUCGCGGGCGCUCCGGGCCGGGCUGCGGCUCAUCGACACGGCGCAGGUAUACCAUGUGGAGAAGCAGGUCGGCCGGGGCUUCCGGGCGAGCGGCGUGCCCCGAGAGGACGUGUUCCUCGGCACCAAGCUGUGGUGCAACAACUACCACCCCGACGACGUCGAGGCGGCGCUCGAUCGGUCUCUGCGGGACCUGGACACGCCGUACGUGGACCUGCUCAUGAUGCACUACCCGGUGACAUUUCGGCGGGGCACCGACGAGUUCCCGCGUGACGCGCGCGGCAAGAUGCUCCUAGGCGAGACGACGUAUCUCGACACGUGGCGCGCCAUGGAGACGCUCGUCGCCAAGGGCAAGGUGCGGGCGAUUGGCGUGUCCAACUUUUGCAAGAGCGAGCUCGAGACGCUGAUGCGCGAGUCCUCGACGGUACCCGCGGUGCACCAGAUGGAAGUGCACCCGUACCUGCAGCAGCGGUCAUUCAACGACUGGCUACUCGCGCAGGGCAUCCAUGUGGUGCAGUUCAGCCCGCUGGGCAAUAUGAACGACUUCUACCGGGCGACGGGCUGGAGCAAGGAGGUGUCGCACAUGACGCGCGUCAUCGACCAGCCGGCGCUGCGCGCGCUGGCGGCCAAGUACGGCAAGAGCGUGGUGCAAGUGGUGCUGGCCUGGGGCGUUGGCGCCGGGCGCUCCGUGAUUCCCAAGAGCACGGUGGACUGGCAGAUUAGGGAGAAUGUCGAGGCGGAUUUCGCGCUGGAGCCGGCGGAUGUGGAAAUUAUCGAGGCGCUGGACAUGCAGGCGCGGUUCAACGAUCCGAGCCUGGACUAUCAGUAUCGCUUGUACAGUGACCUGGAGGGGACAGAGGGAGCACGGGAUGGGAAGACGCAUUAG